AUGAAUUUAAGUAACUGUAGAGAUAAACAUCCAAAUCUUUUGUUUGCCAACUUUAAUCAAGAUUACAGUUGCUUUGCAUGCGGUACGGAGAAGGGUUUCUUGAUAUUUUCAUGCGAUCCAUUUAAAGAGAGGUUUGGUAGAGUAUUUGACGGUGGUGUAGGUAUCGUCGAAAUGCUCUUUAGAUGUAAUAUUCUUGCAAUUGUAGGUGGUGGUACCAAACCAAAAUACACUCCCAAUCAAGUGAUGAUUUGGGACGACUAUCAAAAUAAAUGUAUUGCAAAAUUGGAAUUUAAAUCAGAGGUCAAAGCAGUCAAACUUAGAAGAGACAGAAUUGUAGUUGUCCUCGAAAAUAAAGUAUAUGUUUAUAAUUUUGCAGAUUUACAAUUGGUACACCAGUUGGAGACAACCAACAAUCCAAAAGGAAUCUGUGCAGUUUGUCCGGGUGCAGCGAAUGUGCUCGCAUGUCCCGGUCUGAAGCCAGGUUACGUGCACGUAGAGCUGUACGACCACAAACAAACACAGAUUAUACCAGCACACGAGUCUGCUCUAUCGCAGAUUGCGCUCAACAAGGACGGCACCAGAUUGGCCACGGCCAGCGAGAAGGGCACUCUCAUUCGUAUCUUUGACACAUCGACCGGUGAGAAGAUCAAAGAGGUACGUCGUGGAAGCAAUCGUGCAGAGAUCUACAGCAUCGCAUUCAACAGCGAAUCGACAGCACUCUGUGUAUCGUCCGACAAGAACACAGGACACAUCUUUGAUUUGUCGCGUUCCGCUCCCUCAACCACCACCGUUCACAACACCCGUGACCAAGAAUCGGAAGUCAAGAACAGACAGUCUAGCUUCUCCUUCAUGGGUGACAUUCUGCCUACCAAUUACUUCAAAUCAGAGUGGAGUGCUGUACAGUUUCAAAUUCCAGAGUCAAGAUCCAUUUGUGCAUUUAGUUCUGCUCCAAAUUCAAUUAUUGUUAUUUGUGCAUCUGGUGUUUGUUAUAAAUAUACAUAUGAUUUUGCAAAAGGAGAAUGUAAAAGAGAAGAAAGUCCACUUCAAUUUAUGGAGAUUGAAGAAUCAUAA